AUCUGUCUCCUGUGACUCAUGCUGGGUGAAGAUGUUUACCUGGAGACACGCUAGGAGCUCUUCUACAUACUUGGUGUAAUCCGGGAAGCGAAAUGGAUCCUUCUAGAAGAAGUGAGAGCGACUGGCAAGGGCUAGUGAACGAGGUGAGAGCAGUGAAGUGCGCAUCGCGUCCUGGGGACUGGGAUCAUGUUCACCUACAGAGAGAUGGACGUCUGUCUUCACCGACCACGACAUCACACACUCGUCCCAGAGAAAAGCGCUGUGUUUGACUCUGUUUUAUCUUUAACUGAUCAUUUCUAGGAUGUGCUGCAGGUCUGUCGGGUCGCAUAGAGACAUGUUGAUGUGAUCUGAUCAUCUCUGAUAAAUGCACGAGAAAAAUAAUACCGUUUUUUCUUAUAGACAAGCCACAGAAGCGGAUUAUAGUGAUCUACAUCACUGCCUUUAGUCACACACACACAGAUUAUACACACAGAUUAUACACACACGGAUCGAAGGAUAUUAAUCUGUCACUCAGGUGUGAAAAGUUUCUGGUGUGUAAGAGAAAGCUGGAGAGUAAGAAGGAGGCACUGCUGAUUCUGUCCAAAGAGCUGGAUACCUGCCAGCAGGAGCGUGACCAGUUUAAGCUGAUGGCCAAUCAGCUGCGAGAGCGCCACCAAGUGCUGAAGAAAAAAUACAGAGAGCUUAUUGACGGUGACCCGACUUUACCACCAGAAAAAAGGAACCAAGUGAAUCUAGCGCAGCUGCUGCGUGAUGCUGAGGGGAAGAACAGAAAGCUGAGUGAUGAACUGAAAGAGCUGAAUCAGCGAUUAGUAGAGGUUCAAGGUGACAACAAGCUGCUGAGGAUGACCAUCGCUAAACAACGCCUCGGCGAUGAAGAGGUCGGGGUUCGCCACUUUCCGGCCCACGAGAGAGAAGAUCUCGUACUGCAGCUGGAAAAAGCUCGAGAGCAGAACUCGGACCUGGAGCAGAGCGUGAAGGCGGCCGUGGACGAGCUGCAGGACGUGCGAGCAGAAAGAAACGUGUAUCAGGAGAAAGCUCACCGCCUCAACAUCGAGCUCAACCACAUCCUGAGACGCCACGACGGACGGUUCCUAGACGUGGACGCCCUGUGUAUGGAGAACAGAUACCUCCAUGAACGCUUUGUACAGCUUCAAGAAGAAGUUUCUCUCCUCAAAACCAAUCUGAUGAAGUACAAGACCGCACUGGAGAGUAAGAAGAACUGUAAAGUGUAUGGCAAGACCAACAGUAGUGCACUAACUGGAGUGCUCUCGGCUAAACAAGUUCAGGAACUGCUGCUGUCCGAGGAGAACGGCUGCAGUCUGCCGGUGACGCCGCAGUCCAUCAGCGACCUGAAGUCUUUAGCCACAGCGCUGCUGGAGACCAUCCACGAGAAGAACAUGGUCAUUCAGCACCAACGGCAGACCAACAAGAUUCUGGGUAACAGAGUAGCAGAACUGGAAGGGAAGCUGAAAGCACUGGAGAUGUCCGGACUGUGGAGUUUGCCCGGCCUCACCUAUAACGUGUCUGUGGGACUGGGGAGAGGACGAGACGUGAUCAUUCUGAGAGAACAUCGGCGAGUCCAGACGUCGGCGGGUCACGCGGUGCGAGUGCGGCACGGCUCCGUGGGUGAGACUGUACAUCACUCACUCAUCCUGGAUCACAGGAACAAAGACAUGCUUUCUCAUUUGGACGAAGUACAAAACGGAGACGAGGAGGUCGUAACCGGAGAGGAAGUGACAGAAGACACGGCACUUACUCCUGAGGAGUUUUCCAGGCCACAUCAUCAUCAUCAUCAUCAUCACAGCACAGUCCGCUUAGAACACGCACACACGGCCGAAUCCAGCAGACCGAACCUUCUUACAGAAACGUCAACGUUUGUGAACGUCUCUUCACAGAAGAGUCCUGCGAAGGCUUUAACACAUGAGCCAGAAACAUUACACAGUGAGGAAGAUCUGGCAACCCAUGACCAUGCUAGCACAAGCUCACAUCCAGCAACGGACGCUGUGAAAGUGGGUGGAGCUCAAGCCACAAGUUCUGAGGACAGUCCUGAUAUUCCGAUGGACGGAUCAGAGAGAGACGUAUCUGACGAGACGGUGUGUAAUGUGGAGCGCUCAGAACCGUCCGAACCCAGAACAGAGAUGAUCACAGAGGACACGAUGAGAGAAGAAACACAACCAAUCGCUCCAGAUCAGAGCACAUAGAACACACAACUCCUAACGAAACACUGCACUCUAACACACAAUCACUGCUUCUACAUUUUUGCAACGCAUCUUUUUAUGAUAAGUUCAUGCUCUUGUAGCCCUUUUUUUUUUUUGUCUUGCUAACGUUUGUGUAAGAAACAUUAAUUCUCCUGAUUUCCAUCUUCCCCUGUUAAAAAACACAAAUUUACAAAGAAGGAACACACACUUUAUCUCAAGCGUAUAAACACCGUGUCACUCGCUAGCGAGUCGACUCUUUGAACAGAUCUUUUGAGCGAGUUGACUCGGGUACACAAAUUUCUCCGUUACAAGUCGUCUUACUUUUCCAGUGCGUUUUAAUCAGAAUGUUUCCGCAGAUUGUAAGAUUUUCUGCCGAGUGUUCAGCUAAAGUUAGAUUAAGGAGAACAAUUCUGUUUGUUUUAGAAGAAAAAUAUCACAAGCGAGUCAUUUAAGAACUGAAAUAGUUGACUUUUAUUGGUCAAAUGAAGUAAAUAGUGAAAACAACUUUAAAAACUAAUAGUCUUGGGUAUAUUAAAAAAAAGGUUAUUAUUUUGUCUAUUACUACACUUUAUUAACCCAAAGCUGAUACUUAGCGAUUCGAUUUUCACUGAAAAAAUCAAAUUCAAGUGCAUCCGUGUUUGUAUGCGUCUGAUACGGAGGGAAAAUAGUUAUUCGGAGAUUCACGUCUUUAAAUGUUUACGCCGAUGGACCGGGGCUCGUUAUAAACAGGAUGUUGGACAGAACAAGCUUCAGGUGACUUAGCAAAAGUGUUAUUCUGUGUGUCAAACAAGAUCAGACCACAAACACAUGCUGAAGUCCACAGUGAUAAAAACACACUACGGUAUGUAAUAUGCGUGCUGUGCAGUUCCAGGAACAUCAUCAACAACAGUGUGUGGUGUGGUGUGAUAAAAAGGAGUUACUGGUUUUAUUCGUCUUGCAUCACUGCAACUUCCCAGUGCUGUUUAUCCAUUAAAACAUUUACGUUACAUUUAAUGUCGUCUCACAAAACGCCGACACCGGAGACUCCUUCCAUAAAAUGUCAAAUAAACAUCAAAGACGUUAAAGAAAACAUCACUCGAAGUUUACACGAGUUCUUUUUAACCUGUUUAUGCGGAGCGACUGCCGUACGAGUCACCGUGAGCCGUUAAUACUGAAAAUUCUCUUAUGCAAAAAAAAACCACCUUCUGAGCCAUCGGAAGACAGAAUUCGAUAUUAAUCGGACAAAUCCGAAGGAUCGUCGUCCUCAGGCUGUUCGCUACAGCAGCGGGUUUGUUUUUUUUACACAACACUGUGGUAACGCCGUAAACACCGUGAUCCGACACAGAGCUCGUUUACUCAUUUAUUUCUGAUAACGUCUUACACUUACGAGCACAAUUAUUAAUGAUCAAAGCAAAGGAGGUUACAGAAUGUGUAAAUAUCAACAUGAUGUCGUUCAAAUGAUGUUGUUUUUCAUGUUCAACUGAUCUCAUCAUCGAAAACAUUUGAUUCUGACACAACGAAAGGAACAUACUUUAAUUACAGGAACCCGGUUCUCUCAACGCUAAUUAGUUUAACUAGUUUCAUUUAAAAACACUCUUAUAACGUUAUGAAGAAGGAGCCUAUUGUGAAUGUGUGCACCUUUCAUAUUUAUUAUUUAAAUCCUUUAAACAGAAACACAGAUUAAUAAAAUGUUCGGUGAGGUUAAAUGCGUUCCUAAUUCAAUCCAGACACAAGACUUCUCGCUUGUGUAAUAUCAAAGGGAAGCUCAA